AGCAAGUUAUAGAUAGACGUCUCAAACUUGUAAGCUCUCUAUCUGCUUUAUCUGUGACUUCUGCUUCUUCUUCUUAUACAGCAGUUCUCGAUGUCAGGAUGGGCCACAUCUUGCUCUGUGUGCUGGGUUUUUUCUGGCUCGAUACACAUUUUGCUGGCUGUGCAGAAGUGUCUCGGCCGACUGUGACCCUGCAGCCCAACUGGUCUGUUGUAUUCAGAGGAGAGACGGUCACUCUGAGAUGUGAGAUCCAGGAUGAUGGAGGAAGAACUCAGUGGAAUUAUGAAUGGAGUCCAGCCAAUAGAAACGCUCCAACAUCCAGUGAAUACAGGAUCAGCAGCGUCUCUGAGUCUGAUAGUGGAAACUACUGGUGUGAGGCCAGUGGAGGCCAUCAGAAUACAGACUGGAGUUUUCCCUUCAGGCUGACAGUGAGAUGUAAGUCAGACCUCCUCUGAGACUGAAUUAGUUCAGU